UGCAUCAUGGCGGGGGCGUCAGUGAAGGUGGCGGUGAGGGUCCGACCCUUCAACUCCAGAGAGAUCGCCAAAGAGAGCAAAUGCAUCAUUCAGAUGUCAGGAAACACAACAACGAUCCUGAACCCCAAACAGCCGAAAGAAAACAAGAGCUUUAACUUCGACUUCUCUUACUGGUCACACACUACGCCUGAGGACGUCAACUAUGCGUCUCAGAUGCAGGUGUACAAGGACAUCGGAGAGGAGAUGCUGCUUCAUGCCUUUGAAGGCUACAACGUGUGCAUAUUUGCAUACGGCCAGACAGGAGCGGGCAAAAGCUACACCAUGAUGGGACGACAGGAGAAAGACCAGCAAGGAAUCAUACCUCUGAUGUGUGAGGACCUCUUCACCAAGAUCAAUGGCAGCAAUAAUGACAACAGCAUGUCUUACUCUGUGGAGGUGAGUUACAUGGAGAUUUACUGUGAGCGUGUGCGUGACCUGCUGAACCCCAAAAACAAAGGAAACCUGCGUGUCAGAGAGCACCCUCUGAUGGGACCCUACGUUGAAGACCUGUCCAAACUAGCCGUCACCUCCUACAACGACAUCCAGGACCUGAUGGACUCUGGAAACAAGGCCAGGACUGUGGCUGCCACCAACAUGAACGAGACCAGCAGCCGUUCCCACGCCGUCUUCAACAUCAUCUUCACACAGAAGAAACACGACAUGGAAACGGACAACACAUCAGAAAAGGUCAGCAAGAUCAGUCUGGUGGACUUGGCUGGCAGCGAGAGAGCUGACUCCACGGGAGCCAAAGGAACCAGACUGAAGGAAGGAGCAAACAUCAACAAGUCUUUAACCACAUUGGGGAAAGUUAUUUCUGGUCUAGCUGAACUGGAUUCGGCACCAAACAAGAACAAGAAAAAGAAGAAAGUGGAGAGUUUUAUUCCCUACAGAGAUUCAGUUCUGACCUGGCUACUGAGGGAGAACUUGGGAGGAAACUCUCGCACAGCUAUGGUGGCUGCCCUCAGUCCUGCUGAUAUUAACUAUGAUGAAACCCUCAGUACCCUCCGGUAUGCUGAUCGUGCCAAACAGAUCCGCUGCAACGCUGUGAUCAAUGAGGACCCCAACAACCGUCUGGUGCGUGAGCUGAAAGAGGAGGUGGCUCGCCUCAAGGACCUGCUGUAUGCACAGGGCCUGGGAGACAUCAUAGAGACGUAUCGCUGCACCGGCCCCGUCAUCACUGGUUUGAAAUUGACCAAUGCCAUGACGGGAAUGAGCCCCUCUCCCUCGCUCUCGGCCCUGUCCAGUCGUGCCGGGUCCAUCAACAACCUCCACGAUCGCAUCUUCAGCCCAGCCAGUGAGGAGACCAUUGAGAGGCUCAAGGAAACUGAGAAAAUCAUCGCUGAGCUCAAUGAGACCUGGGAGGAGAAGCUGCGUCGUACUGAGGCCAUCCGCAUGGAGAGAGAGGCGCUUCUGGCUGAGAUGGGUGUUGCCAUGAGAGAAGAUGGAGGCACAGUGGGCGUCUUCUCCCCGAAAAAGACCCCUCAUCUGGUGAACCUGAACGAGGACCCGCUGAUGUCUGAGUGUCUGCUGUAUUACAUCAAAGAUGGCAUUACCAAGGUUGGCCGUGAAAAUGCCAAGACUCGCCAGGACAUUGUUCUCAGUGGUCAUUUUAUCAAAGAUGAACACUGCACCUUCAGCAGCACCACAUGCUCUCAGGGAGAAGGAUGUGUCAUGCUUGAACCAUGUGAGGGGGCAGAGACGUAUGUCAACGGGAAGAGAGUGACCUCACCCAUUGUUCUGCGAUCUGGGAAUCGCAUCAUCAUGGGAAAGAGCCACGUGUUUCGCUUCAACGACCCCGAGCAGGCUCGUAUGGAGCGAGAGAGGACGCCAUGCGCUGAGACGCCCGUGGAGCCCGUCGACUGGGCCUUUGCUCAGAGAGAGCUGCUGGAGAAACAAGGCAUCGACAUGAAGCAGGAGAUGGAGCAGAGGCUUCAGGAACUUGAGGAUCAGUACCGUAGAGAAAGAGAAGAAGCCAGUAACCUGCUAGAACAGCAAAGGCUGGACUAUGAGAGUAAACUGGAGGCUCUUCAGAAACAAGUCAACUCCCGGUACCUGGAGUCACCUGAGGAAGAGGAGGAGCCCGAAGAGGAAGUGCCGUGGACGAAGCGUGAAACUGAGCUGGCUCUGUGGGCUUUCAGAAAGUGGCGUUUCUACCAGUUCACCUCUCUCAGGGAUCUGCUUUGGGGUAACGCCAUCUUCCUCAAGGAGGCCAAUGCUAUCAGUGUGGAACUGAAGAAGAAGGUGCAGUUCCAGUUCGUCCUGCUGACGGACACUCUCUACUCUCCACUGCCGCCUGACCUGCUGCCCCCCUGUGUGGCCAAAGAAAGAGAAAGACGACCUUUCCCCCAGACCAUUGUAGCUGUCGAAGUACAGGAUCAGAAGAAUGGAGCCACGCAUUACUGGACUCUGGAGAAACUCAGGCAGAGGCUGGACCUGAUGAGAGAAAUGUACGACCGUGCCGCAGAGCUCCCCAGCAGUGCUGUGGAGGACUGCGACCACACCCUGACCGGCGGCGACCCCUUCUAUGAUCGCUUCCCCUGGUUCCGUCUGGUCGGCAGGGCUUUUGUGUACCUGAGUAACCUGCUGUACCCGGUGCCCCUGGUACAUCGCGUUGCCAUCGUCAGCGAGAAAGGAGAGGUGAAAGGCUUCCUCAGAGUGGCUGUGCAGGCCAUCUCAGCGGAUGAGGAGGCCCCUGAUUAUGGCUCUGGUGUGAGGCAGUCAGGCACUGCCAAGAUCUCCUUUGAAGACAAGCAGUUUGAGAAGUUCCAGACUGAGUCAUGUCCUGGCGGUCUGUCGCACUCCAACACCUCCCAGGAGGAGCUGCGAAUUGUGGAGGGAGAAGGGCAAAAUGCAGAGAUAGGAAUCUCUGCAGAUGAAGUCAACAACAACACUUGUGCAGCUACCCUGGAGGCUCCCUGCAGCCCAGUGAAGAGUUUAGGUCUGGGUCUGGAUCCUCCUCUGGACCUCUCUCCAGAGAAAGCUCUGUCCCACCUGACGAUCGGCAGCACCUUCACCUUCAGAGUCACUGUCUUACAGGCCUCCAGCAUCUCAGCCGAGUAUGCCGACAUCUUCUGUCAGUUCAAUUUCAUCCACCGUCAUGACGAAGCUUUCUCCACUGAACCGCUGAAGAACACUGGCAGAGGACCUCCGCUGGGCUUCUACCACGUACAAAAUAUCAAAGUGGAGGUGACCAAGUCCUUCGUGGAAUACAUAAAGACUCAGCCCAUCGUCUUCGAGGUGUUCGGUCACUAUCAGAAACAGCCCUUCCCUCCGCUUUGCAAAGACCUGAUCAGUCCACUGAGACCUUCCAGGAGGCAGUUCCCCAGGGUGAUGCCCUUAUCCAAACCAGUGCCGGCCACAAAGCUCAGCACUUUGACUCGCUCCACUGCGGGACCGUGCCACGCCAAGUACGACCUCAUGGUCUUCUUUGAGAUCUGUGAGCUGGAGGCCAACGGAGACUACAUCCCUGCUGUUGUUGACCACAGAGGUGGGAUGCCCUGUCACGGCACGUUCCUCUUACAUCAGGGCAUUCAGAGGAGGAUCACAGUUACCAUCGCUCAUGAAACGGGAAAUGAUAUUGAGUGGAAAGAGGUGAAGGAGCUGGUUAUCGGCCGCAUUCGAAACACACCAGAGGCUGAUGAGACCAUCAUAGACCCCAACAUCCUUUCCCUCAACAUCCUGUCUUCUGGAUACUUCUGGCCAAAACAUGAUGACAAAACUUUCUACCGAUUUGAGGCAGCAUGGGACAGUUCCAUGCACAACUCUCUGCUCCUGAACAGAGUCACUCCCUAUGGAGAGAAGAUCUACAUCACCCUCUCUGCUUAUCUAGAGAUGGAGAACUGCACUCAGCCAACAGUGAUCACCAAAGAUUUCUGCAUGGUGUUUUACUCCCGUGACACGAAGCUUCCAGCCUCUCGCUCCAUCAGAAACCUCUUCAGCACCGGCUGCCUCCGGCCCUCUGAGAGUAACCGCGUCACGGGAGUCUAUGAAGUCACCCUCUGCCAUGUGGCAGACAAUGGAAGCCCAGGCAUGCAGCGGCGUCGCAGGCGUGUGCUGGACACCUCGGUGGCGUAUGUCCGAGGAGAGGAGAACCUGGCCGGAUGGAGGCCUCGCAGUGACAGCCUCAUCCUUGACCACCAGUGGGAGCUGGAGAAACUCAGCUUGCUGCAGGAGGUGGAGAAGACCAGGCACUACCUGCUGCUGAGAGAGAAGCUGGAGGCGACACUGCAGGCGGGACAGGAGGCGCUCUACAAGAGCAGCGACGUCAGCGACUUGGCAAAGAGUCCCAUCCUAAGCCACAGUCCCAGCAGCAGCCCUGCCCCCGAGAGCCCCAACCAGAGGCAGAGGGAGCUGGCUGCCAAGUGUCUGCGUCUGCUGAUGCACACCUUCAACAGGGAGUACAGCCAGGUGAGCAGCAGUGCCAGUGAGAGCAAGCUCUCUGAGAUGUCUGCUUCACUAAUGAGGGAAUCAUCAUCGUCUGGACUGAGCACGCUCACGCCAUCCUCUACCUGCCCGUCAUUGGUCGAGGGACACUAUGACAUUAGACACACUGAACCCAGUUCAGGAGCGUCCACACCAGAUCUGGACCCGUACAGCCCAGUGGACAGGAAGAAAGCUCUCAGAGGAUGCACUUUUGUUCCUGACAUACAGGAGAUUCGUGUCAGCCCCAUUGUGUCAAAGAAGGGCUACUUGCACUUCCUGGAGCCCCACACCACUGGCUGGGUGAGGCGCUACGUGGUGGUACGCAGGCCCUACGUCUACCUGUACCGCAGCGAGAGGGACAGUGUUGAGAGAGCUGUCAUCAACCUGUCAUCUGCAAAGGUGGAAUACAGUGAAGACAAACAGACCUUACUGCGGACUCCCAACACGUUUGCUGUGUGCACUGAGCAUCGUGGGAUACUGCUGCAGGCCAGCAAUGACAAAGAGAUGCAUGACUGGCUGUACGCUUUCAACCCUCUGUUAGCCGGCACCAUCAGGUCAAAGCUGUCUCGGAGAAAGUCAAUCCAGUCGGUCCCUUCUGCUCAGAGGAUGUGAGAGGUGAACCAGACUGGUGGGAAAACAAAACAAAACAAUACAAUCUAAAAGCUCUGCUCAACCUCCUGCUCUAAUGAACAUUGACCAUAUAAACAAACUUAUACAUAAAACCAUUUAAAUCCCCUUCUACAUGACAUCCCUCAGUCACUCAUACCAAACCCCAACAGAAACUGUCCCUUCUCACUUUUUGCAGUCGUCACCUCAAACCCUGCAUGGUGUGCUCCCUCCUGACCAUUAGAAGAAUACAUAAGAAAAACUAACCACCCAAACAUGUUAAUUAACUUAUUUCUGCUGGGCAUUUGGACUAGUUCUGAUUAGUUUUCAUGUACAUGUAGAAAUCUGUCAUCUGUGAGGCCACCAAAUCCCUGUAGAAAGUUAAUAUGUGCUCAGUCCCUCCUUUAUCUGUCUUAACUGAAAAUCAGUCCCAGUUGUAAACCAACCAUUCAUGUAUUUCUAAUUAAUGCCAUCAGGUGAGAGGGAAAAUGAAAACAUCAAAUCAGAUGUUUCUCUGUGUAGAAGUGUGUUAAGUGCAGGGAUGACAGCUCCACAUACAUCUAUUAUAUAAAUACUGUACAUUACCUUGUUUGGAAUGGCUUGGUGCUCUACAACAUAGAGUAUUUGUUUCACUGCAGAGGUUUCAGAUAGUGAGCAGAUCGGUAGCAUGAGGAGGGGUUUGUUAAGACAAAGCGGUAAGUUGUUAUACCUGUUGUUGAUGUUUUUUUUUUAACUGGUUUAAUUAAAACUGAGUUUGUUGGCUAGACUAAGGUAGAAUAACACACAAUCAGGAGAGAUAACUCAUGUCCUUGCCUUGUUCUUGAUAUGUUCUUUUUUUUGUGCGUAUACCCAUAAAGGAGAAGAUUCAUUUAUUGUUGCUAUCAUAGGUUCUCUGCACUGUUAUUUAUUUGUGACAGGACCACUGACCAGUUUUGUUGCAUGGCACUUUAUUGUCUUCAAUGAGUUAAUGUCUUGUGUCAUUUACUCAGUUGUUGUAACCAAAGCAUAGUUUCCUUGUUGUAAUUGUUUCAAACAUUGUCCACUGUGCAAUUGUGUUAGAAGACAGUUUUUGAGAAUAACUGGAUUUAAACAAAUAGUUUGACAUUUUGAGAAGUAUGCCUAUUUGCUUUCUUGCUGAGAAAGAUAAGAAGAUCGAUACUCUGCAUUGUCCUUAAAUAUGAAGCUACAGCCAGCAGCCGGUUGGCUUAGCUUACCUAAGACUGGAAACAGGAGGAAACAGCGAGACGGGCUCUAUCCAUAGGUAACAAAAUCUGCCUACCAGUACUUCAAAAGCUCACUAAUUAACAUGUUGUCUCCCGUUAUUUUGAAGUGUAAAAAUGACAAGUUGAGAUUUUAAUAGUAGUUAUGUGCUGGACUAUUGCCUAGCAGGGUGCAGAGACUUCCAGGACAAACAAAGUCACAAAUGAGAUAUAAUUUGUUAAUUAGUGAGCUUUAAAGGUGUUGGAAGCUGGAUUUUUCUGUCUUAGAAUAGAGCCAGGCAAGCUGUUGCCCCCUGUUUCUUUAGGUUAAGCUAAUCGUCUUCUCAGUACAAACCCCAAGUGUAGCAUCCUUGCAGGGAUGCAAUCCCCAUAUUGAUGUGUUGUACCAAGUUUCCUUCCCUCAGGGAUCAUUGGUUAUAUGCAUAACCUCUAGAUUUUUUCAUCUGACUUCUUGCAAGAAAGCCAAUUCACUUGUUUUUCAAACUAUUUCUUUAAACUAAUCAGUUGUAUCUAAAUUGGACUAAGAUGUUUUGUAUGAUAAAUACACCAGGAGGACAACUAUACUGUAUGUUUGUGGUUUUUCUUUUUU